GUUGCUGUCAUUCCGCCGAGACUUCACAAGACAAUUGAUGAGAUCGAGGACGAGGCGCACUUCGAUAAAUCUGCAAGAAGAGAGACAGUAAAAAGAGCCCAAAUGUAGAAACGCAAGCUUUGGAGCCAAUCCUGUCUCACGACCUUCUUAUCUUAUCAGCUAGGACCUACAGUACAGUACAGUAGUGGGGAAAAUUUACGACUUGCCAGUUCUCACCGGACUUCUUGUUAUCCUCGAUCUCAAGACACCUUACGAGAGCCUACCUUGGCUCAGAGACCUUCAAAAUGCCUCACAAGCACACAAGACGGGUAAAGGACCCCUCGACAUUUGAUCUACCGCCCUCGCAAGUCGCAAAACCUCUUCCUACGAGCGCAGCACCCAAGACAAACGGACCGCAGCCAAAAGGCAAACCGCAGCCAAAAGGCAAACCGCAGACAAAGGGCAAUGAUAGGACGGACAAGAAAAAACUCAAGAGGAAACGGGAUGGCGUCGAGCAAAACGACGCGCCUCGGGCGUUCAAGAGGCUAAUGGCCUUCGCGGGAGGGAAUAAGCCACGAUCCGGCCUUGAUGAUGGCACGCCGGCCCCAAAGAACAAGAAAUCAGGGAAGACAGCCGAGAUCGAUGCAGGAUCUGAAGGAAAAGAGGCCGUACCGUCUAUCCGGCCCGGCGAGCGGAUGUCCGAAUUCGCAACCAGGGUGGAUGCAGCCUUCCCUCUGAGCGGCUUGAUCACCAAGACCACAAAGGGCAAGGACCCGCUGGGCCUAAAGGUGUGGCGGACCAAGAAAGAGAGGAAGAUGCACAAGCUCUACGACCAGUGGAGAGAGGAGGACAAAAAGGUCCAGGAGAAGAGAGAAGAGGAACUCGAGCUCGCCGAGGAGCGUGAGAUGGACGAUGAGGCUCUCGGCGUGAAAUGGAGGAUGGACCUCGAGGAUGCAAUGUCAAAGAACAAGAAGAAGAAGAAGGGUGCGAAACGGGGCAAGUAUGUGGGAGAGACGGCUGGGGCAGAAGAGGAUCCUUGGGAGGAGCUGAAACGGAAGCGGGGAGAGCCCAAAAUCGGCCUUCACGAUGUGGCAUCAGCGCCUCCAGAGCUUAAGCCAGUGAUGGCCAAGUUCACGGUGCGUGGAGCCACGGUGGAUGUUCAAGACAUUCCAAAGUCGGCUGGCAGUUUGCGGCGAAGAGAAGAGCUGCAAGGUGUGCGUAACGAUGUGGUUGCCGAGUACAGGAAGAUAAUGGAGGGGAGACGCUCUAGUCGUGCUAAGAAAGGCGAGAAAAAGUAAAGGUACUCGACUUGCGAUUGGGUUCACGUGAGCUUCUCAGUUCUCACCAACUUCCAUAGUAUUUUAGGUACCUAUCUGACGUGCGUAAAUCACAAACACUUGUGAGAAAUAAAUGCGUUCAAUACCG